UCUAUAUCACUCACCCCACAUCCACAAUUCCAAAAUCUUAACACCCCCAGAAACCCUAACCGGCCGCCAUCUCAAAAUCUCAAAAAAACCGAUCAAAAAUGAAGUACAACCCACGAGUGUCAAGCUCCCGUCGCAAAUGUCGAAAAGCCCAUUUCACAGCACCAUCAAGCGUGCGCCGCGUGCUGAUGUCAGCACCACUAUCAACCGAGCUCCGAUCCAAAUACAACGUCAGGUCAAUCCCAGUUCGAAAAGACGACGAGGUCCAAGUUCUCCGUGGGACCUACAAGGGUCGUGAAGGAAAAGUGGUCCAAGUCUACAGAAGGAAAUGGGUGAUUCAUAUUGAAAGGAUAACUCGUGAGAAAGUCAACGGUCAAACUGUAAACGUUGGUAUAAAUCCUUCAAAAGUUGUUGUGACAAAAUUGAAACUUGAUAAGGAUAGGAAGGAUUUGCUUGAGAGGAAAGCUAAUGGGCGUGUUAAUGGUGAUAAGAGUAAAGGAAAGUUUAGUGUUGAUGACGUGGCUGGAACAACUGGUGGUGCUGCUUCUCUUCAAGAGAUUGAUUAGGUUUAUGCUUUUAUUUUUAAUGUUGGAUUAUGGUUAUGUUAUUUUUUUUUAAAUGGAUUAUGUUUUGUGUUUUUUUGAAUCUGGAUUUUGGUUGUCUUAUGUUAUCGAGUUUAUCGGAUUUUAUUUCGGUUGAUGCUA